CUGUUAAUCAUCAAAUUAAUAACCGAAAAUUCGCCGGAAUGUGUAAAAGCUUUCUCUACGUUUGUUAUUAUUUAAGCAUCUGUUUUCAUUGAUAUUGACAAAUAAAUUUUUUCAAGCAAGUUCUCUCUACUCAACAACCCAAAAAAAGAAAUAAAUAAAUAAAUAAAUAAAGUAACUUCUUACAAACAUACACAAAAUGGAUAUAUUAAAAGCAGAAAUUGCUAGAAAACGUAAAUUUUUGGAAGAGAAACAUUUAGUGGAUGAAAAGAAAAAAUAUUUUCAACGUGGUGAGCUCCUGGCUAAGAAUACGGAAGAGAUACUACAGAAAGUAGGCUAUAAAACUCAGGAAAGUAAAGAAUCAGAUCAAGGCAUACAAGAUGGCAGUUAUCAGUUUUCCAGCGAUAACCAAAGCAUUCUGCCGAGGAUCGAGGUGACGAGAAGAUUGCGCGAAAGAGGUGAACCGAUUUUAUUGUUUGGGGAAACCGAACUUCAAGCUUUCUACAGAUUACGUCAAUGUGAGAUUUCCCAACCAGAAGCAAAUCGGGGUUUUCGUAACGACUUUCAAGAGGCCAUGGAACAAGUUGAUCAAGCUUAUUUGCAGGAAAUGUUUGCUAAUACACCCGCCUCAAAGGAAGAGAAACAAUCCGAUUUGACUGAAUUAGAUGAAUCUGUCAAUUGGGAGCAUAUACAAACAAUGGCUUACAAAAUGGGUCGUAACAAUAAUAAAGACUAUGAUAUGGAUGUAAUAAUUAUAUUGUUAACAUAUUUGCUUAAAUUGUGGAAUGAUCAGAUUUCUAACUAUUCGAAGCAAGAGAAAAUGUCUACAAAAGUGAAAAUGACGCGCGUUAUUUACACUCAAACGCGAGAAUAUGUUAAACCAUUGUUUCGCAAAUUGAAAAAUCGUACAUUGCCUGAAGACAUUUUAGAAAGUUUACGGGACAUAUGUAAACAUUUACUGAAUCGAAAUUAUAUAGCAGCUAGUGAUGCUUAUCUGGAAAUGGCUAUUGGAAAUGCGCCUUGGCCUAUCGGAGUGACAAUGGUGGGUAUACAUGCACGCACAGGCAGAGAGAAAAUUUUUUCGAAAAAUGUUGCCCACGUAAUGAAUGACGAAACUCAGCGCAAAUAUAUUCAAGGAUUAAAGAGAUUAAUGACCAAAUGCCAAGAAUAUUUUCCGACAGAUCCUUCUAAGUGUGUUGAAUAUGUCAGUAAAAAAGAUCGUGAAUAGAUUAUUUUAUAUUUACUUUUAAUGAUUAGAUAUAAACGAUUCUUGCAUUGUUAAUUAAAGACAGAAAUUAACACAAAUAUAGGAUUUAACACAGAAAA